AUGGAAUUGAGAAGACUGAGAGCAGGUUAUGCAAUUGUUUAUGUCAUUCUUCUUUGUACAUUGGCAAUGGGGAGUAUAGAGGGCAAAAGGAGAGCAGAUAUGCUUUUUGGCAAUUGUGAUCCUGAGCUAAAGGAAAAAAUGGUGGUAUGGCUUGCAAAUUUAUGUUUUGGUUCCAAGGUUCAGAAGCAGAUUGUUGCAAAUGUGCUUGUGGUAGCAGGAGAUAAAGAAGAACAAGCAUGGAUUCAUUGCUGGAAGGAAUUGGUAGAUAGGAAUGGCUCUUUCGAAGAUUUCGAUUUAGAUAUGCUGCAGGAAGCUAAUUUUGAGUUGAAAUCAAGAUUGCUCACAAAAGAAAACAUCGAUAAAUCCUUAAGUGUUCUAUCACCGAAAAUGAAACAAGAACUUCUGGAUUAUUGUUUAAGAGAGAAAAAUCUUCACUUUUCUUACCAUGGAGAUAGUUCUAGACAUUCUUUCAUCGAGUGUGUUAAGUUUCUUUUACAUUUGUGUAAUAGUCACAGAGGAUAUCUAGCUAGCAAUACUCAUCGACAGACAAAACCAAGCCUUACUCCAUCAGCGCCUGCAGCAGCAUCCCCAGGUUAUGGUUCAGCACCAUUCAAUCUAGCAGCUGUCAGCUCUUCAUCUCCAAGGAGAUUGACCCUUUCGUUCUUUGAAAAGAAAUUGUAUCGCCUACAAGAUAUGAGUGACUCACCUCCUCCUCCAUCACCAGGAAAACAUUCUCCACCCAGUUCACAUUUUCAUAAACAAGUUCCUCCACCACCAGUGCAUAAGGGCGUUGAUCAGAAUCUUAUUGUUGCUGUUGCUGCGACUGCAGCAGGAACAUUUUGUUUCGUUGCGACACUCUUCAUUUGCUGGUGCUGUUGUAAGGAACAUUUUGUUUCGUUGCGACGCUCUUCAUUUGCUGGUGCUGUUGUAGGGGUAGUAGCAACAAAAUUGGCCCUGGAGGUGGAAAAAGAGAUGAGAGGCCUCUUCUGCACUUCAAUCUGUCUAAUAGUAAUGCAUUUUCAGGACCCCGGCUUGUCAUUGAUUCAUUGUAAUAGUUAUUUUCUGAAGAAUGUACUAAUUAUGAGUCAACUUUAUCUUCUCUUUUCAGCUACUUCUCAAAGUUCUUUUAGCUUAGGAAAUUCCAGUUCCAAAGAGCACAGUUCUAAUAGUGGAAACACUACGUUCCAAAGCAAUUUGUCAACGAAAUAUGGAAAUCAUGAUUCCUCUCUGGCAGACGCACCAUCAGUAGAAGCUCAUGCAGGAGAAGCACUCCCUCCUCUAAAACCUCCUCCUGGAAGAACUCCUGCUCCUCCACCUCCUAGACCGCCGCCGCCACCACCACCUCCGGUUGCUGCUCCUCGUCCCCCGGUGCCUCCAAAAGUUGGUCGUGCUCCACCAGUUCCUCCUUCUAAAGGCAAGUUGAAGCCUUCCCCCCUUGGACCACAUCGCGAGAAUCCCAGCGAGGGAGAUGAUCUUGAUAGUGAAGAAGCUCCAAAAGCCAAGCUAAAACCAUUCUUUUGGGAUAAGGUUGUGGCCAACCCUGAUCACUCAAUGGUUUGGGAUGAGAUCAGUUCCGGUUCAUUCCAGUUCAGUGAGGAGAUGAUAGAGUCAUUAUUCGGUUAUAAUUCUGUGGAUAACAAUAAAAAUGAUCGCAAGAGAGAUCCAUCUGAACCUUCAAUCCAGUAUAUUCAGAUCAUCAAUCCAAGGAAAGCACAAAAUCUAUCCAUUCUUCUACGAGCACUGAAUGUGACUACCGAAGAAGUCCUUAAUGCUUUGCAAGAAGGUAAUGAGCUACCAGUGGAGCUCCUUCAAACAUUGCUGAAGAUGGCACCGACAUCAGAAGAGGAGUUGAAGCUUAGGUUAUAUGCUGAUGACAUCUCUCAGCUAGGUCCUGCAGAGCGUUUCCUCAAAGUCUUGGUAGAAAUACCAUUUGCUUUCAGACGAAUAGAGGCAUUAAUAUUCAUGAGUGCUCUACGGGAAGAAGUUUCAGGCCUUAAAGAGUCCUUUGCAACUCUUGAGGUGGCUUGCAACAAACUCAGAAACAGCAGGCUAUUUCUGAAACUCCUAGAGGCAGUUCUUAAAACUGGUAACCGAAUGAAUGAUGGUACAUACCGCGGUGGAGCACAGGCAUUCAAACUUGACACGCUCUUGAAACUUUCUGAUGUCAAGGGAAUAGAUGGAAAAACUACACUCUUACACUUUGUCGUUCAGGAGAUCAUUCGCUCUGAAGGCAUUCGUGCUGUGCGCACAGCAAGACCCAGCCUGAGCUUCUCAAGUGUGAAGUCAGAUGAAUAUAUUGACAAUGCUAACCCAGCAUCAGCAGAGCACUACCGAAACCUUGGUCUUCAAGUGGUAUCAGGUUUAAGCACUGAACUUGAAGAUGUAAGAAAGGCAGCGAUCAUAGACGCUAAUGUUCUAACAUCUACAGUGUCGAAACUUAACCAAUCAUUAACAAAAACUAAGGCUUUCCUAGACUCUGACUUGAAGAGUUUGGGAGAAGACGGUGAAUUCUAUCAUGCAUUGGCUAGCUUUUUGGAGCGUGCAGAGUCUGAAAUGUCAAGCAUGUCAGAAGAAGAAAGGAGGAUAACGGCUCUGGUGAAGAGCACAGCAGACUAUUUUCAUGGGAAUGCAGGAAUGGAUGAAGGUUUGCGUUUGUUUACAAUUGUACGAGAUUUCUUGAUAAUGAUAGAUAAGACAUGUAAAGAGGUGAGAGAUGACAGAGCAAAGAGGCCAAUUACGACAACCAAAAAAGAGGUUCGGGAAGUGAAAGCAACAAACAGCCAGAAACCUGAAAAUGCAAUUCAGAAACUGUUUCCAGCAAUUGUCGGAAGGCGAGCUGAUGAUUCCAGUUCAGAUGAUGAGAGCCCAUCUCCUUAGCCUUACAAGCUUCUAUUGUCUCUAGAACUUAUUCAGGUGGCUUGGAAUCUUCGAAGGCACGACAGCCUGGAUUAGGCAUAAUUCGCAGAAAUCUUCCCGACCUCUGUCUAGUCUGCAGGAGCACAAGACCUUGAUUUUCCUCUUCAAAUGUUUUCUGAGAGACUGUUAUAACCUGAUGAAAGUUUUUGAUCAUAGAGAUAG